AUGCAUCUUUCAAGAUCCAGUUUUAUCUUAUUAUGUAUUAUUAUUCAAUAUUCUAUUGCUGCUCAUUGGAACUAUGCUGACGAAGGACCGGAUGUUUGGAGUGAUCUAUAUCCAGAAUGCGAUGGAACUUCACAAUCACCAAUUGAUAUUGAUACAACCACCACAGUCUAUGCACCACUUACAAAAUUUUAUUUUGGAUCAUCUUAUAAUGUACCACAAAAUUUUCUGUUUAUGAACAAUGGUCAUACUCUUGUUGGACAUUAUACAGGUAACGAUGCAUCCAGGCUCUCAUUUACUGGUGGUGGCCUAAAAGGAGUAUUUACAUUUUCUAGUUUUCAUCUUCAUUGGGGUGAGAACUAUAAAUCAGGAAGUGAGCAUCAAGUAAAUGGAGCAAAAUAUUCAGGUGAAAUUCAUGUUAUUCACACCAAUCGAGCUACAAACCAAACAGCUGUACUUGGAAUGUUCAUACAGAGUAUAAAACAGGUUAGUAGAACACAUAGGAAAUUACGAAAUCUUGAUACUUCAACUACUGGAAAUGUAACAUCAGCAGAAUGGAUAAAGUAUCUUUCAACAGUUGGACAAUUAAAGCAAGUUGGUCAACCAGUUGCACUCAAUUUGACUUUAGGAUCAUUAUUCACUAGUAAUACAAAGAAAUAUUGGCGCUAUUCAGGUUCAUUAACAACACCUCCAUGCACUGAAGGUAUUAUUUGGACUAUAUUUAGAAAGCCCAUUAUUGUUAGUGAAGAUUAUUUUGGUCUUCUGCGAAAUAAUAUCUAUGCAAAAGAUUAUCGCAGUCCUCAACCAAUUAAUGAACGGACAGUAUUUCGAAGUUAUCCAUACGAAUCAUGA